CACAUUUCCGUUCAGUUUGAAGUUUUAGCGCUAAGUGUGGAGCCACGAUGUCGCAUCUUGGAGUCUCAUUUUAUGUGAUCUCCGUUUUUAUUCUCGGAGUCUCUGACAAAGCUCUAACAGCAACGAUCCAAACACAGCAGACUGUGCUGGCAGCAGUGGGAGAAGAUGCUGAAUUCAGCUGUCAGCUCUUGGAGACUAAAGACGUCCUUCAGGUCACAUGGCAGAAAGUCACUACUGGGAAGAAGAAUGUUGCCACCUACAGCAAGUUCUAUGGUCAGAGAGUGAAUGAUGGCUUUACAGAUAAAUUUAACUUUAAAUACACUGGACUACAGAACUGCUCCAUAGUCAUCAGGAAUGUGACGGUGCAGGAUGAAGGAUGCUAUCACUGUUUGUUUAACACUUAUCCUGAAGGCUCCUUCACGGGUAAACCCUGCCUGCAAGUCUAUGAGCUGCAUGAACCUGUUGUUGAUGUCAGAGAGUCAAACUCUACUGAAGAGUGGGUUGUUUCCUGUUCAGCCACUGGUCGACCUGCUCCCACUGUAACACUCAGUGUCUCACAACAAGACCUCAACUUCUCACAGUACAACACUGUCAGUGUGUCCAACACCAACGCUACAUUCACUGUCACCACUACAGCUGUGCUCUCAGGUUCACGUAAACACAGCACACAGGUGGGAUGUGCAGCACGAGUGCUCUCUGCUCCUCACAGAGAGGUGAUGGUGACGAUUCCUGAUGAUGAUGAUGAUGGUUUGGAUAAGAAGUCAGGAUCUAAUCAGAGAAAUUUAGGAAUCAGGAUUUCAGUCACCCUGUCAUCUCUGGUGUUGGUGGUGCUCUGUGUGUCUGCACACAUCUUUGUGGGUUAUAUGAAAAAGAAAUCUCAUAGCAGGAAAUCCUCUUAAACACUUUCUCCUUUUGAUUCACCUCAUAAAUGUUUGUGCAGCUUUUCCUCUUCAUAAAUCUUUCAGUCUGUCACACACACAGUUCAAGAUGAAUGAGACACCUGAAACCUUAAGCCAGACACACUCAGGAU